AUGAAUUUUAAGAAAGAGACUUUAGAAUUACUUGGAUAUGAAAACAUAUAGUGUUCAAUUCCAAAAACAUUACUUGAUAACUUCACUGCUUUUUUUACUGCUUUAUAACAAAAUCCUCUAAAAAAUGAAUCUCAAGAAAGUAUUUAUUUCUAUACAACUGACCUUAGAUUUUGAAAAUGGUUUAAUAUUUAUGUCAGCAAUAAGUUAGAGUAAUACUCCAUAGUUGUCAUCUCAAUAAUUAAGGUCUGUUUAAUCGAAAGGUUCUAAAGGAAAGAUCAGAACUUUUUUUCCUUCAAGUAAUAAUCACCUUAUUAUUUAAAUAGAAUGGCCUGUUCAAAAAGCUAACAUGAGUCCAUUUUCUUUUUCAAAACAUUCUCAUUUUCAAUCUUUGACAAGUCGAUAUUGGUACUAUUUAGACAAUAGUAAUAAUGUUUAAGGUAAGGUUCAAACCUUAUCUAAAAUUUUUAGGUCCAUUUUCUUGUGUUGAAAUGGAUAACUGGUAUCGAAAAAAUCUCCUCAAUCCUGAUUUACUUAUUAGCUAUAAAUCUCAUGAUCUAACUUCGUUUGUGAAAAUCAAAGAUAUCUUAAAGGAUUCAGAAAAUCCAAAAUGCGAUAAAAUUCUGCGUCAACUAUAUAAAAGAGCUACUAGUGCUAAAAGAAUAAGUAUAUAACAACUUUUACAAAUAGUUAAUAAAAAUUCAAGCACUUCCCCAAUAAGUAAGGCAUCAACAGAAUUAUCAUCUAGCAAUAACAAUAGUUGUUAAAAAUCUAGAUAACCAAUUUGGGGAGUAGAUACCGAUUAUUUUUUAGGUUUCUGA